AAUGUAUUUUCGUGUUAAAUACUGAGAGGAAGGAACUUUAAGGACAAUCUUAUAAUGAGUUUUCAGAAAAGAUUUUGCAAAUCAUAAUAAUAUAUUUGAAGAAUUUGCUGAAGUUGACGAGUAAAGCUUGAGCACAACGUCGCAGCUAAAAUCCUGAAAAUACAUCACACAAUCUGAAAAAUCAAGCGGAAUAUCGAUUAAGAACUCUCGCACCUACACCUUUGGCUUAGAGUUCUGCUGUUCGCUAUGCAAUUAAUUCAAUUCACUUUCGUAGCAUAUGAAUCGGGACAGGUCGGAUGGAACUACAAUAUCACAUGGCUGCCCUAGGCAUAUUUUUUAGCAAAAGACCAGCUAAUUAUAUCUGUAUAUACGUAGUUAAGGAAAUUGCAUAGCUGAAGUGCCGUACAGCAUAAUUCUGAUAUUGAAGUAGUUAGCUUACUAACUAAAUAAAUUGACGAUAUGGAACGGCGGGCAUUACCAAUGUUAUAGACGCGUGGAAGCCAACAACGAUUGAACUAAAAUGCAUUCAGUGGGCAUUCAUUCCGCAAUGGCGAUCAAAAGGCAACGGAAACGUCGAGAUGAACAAAAAAGGGCGCGAGAAAGACGCUAUAGCACGCAAAGUUCUGAGAGCGGCGAAACAUUUCAUUCUCCAACAGGAUCCGUGAGGCGAAAAUACCACCAUCCUCGUAAUGCAGUUAGUUCUGGCACCGGAAUGCUUGACAGCCAGGUAGUUACUAGUAUUGGCAUGUUGCAUAUAGGUAUUGUAUUCGUUGUGUUUGGAGUUUUUCUUUGCGGUGCUGGUAUUAUUCCAGACGAAACUAUGUCAUGGAACGUAUUUAGCUCAAGCUCAGCCUGGUGGAAUGAAGUUACUUGCACAGGUUUAUUUUCUCUGGGAUUGGGACUGUUUUUACUAAUUUUAAACUGUCUUAUAAGCCGAAAAGAGGAGGAGGAUCUUGAAGACUAUGUGCAACGUCAACUAACUCGAUCUCGCUCUGGACACCGACUUGAAAGAGAUGUUGAAACUGGUGUUUUGACAACGCGCCAUGCUCGCAAAGCUGUUGCCUUACAAAAGGGCGGACGUAAUAACUCUCCUACAGAUGUUUCCGUUGUAAAUUGCGGCUCUUCAGAGAAUAUGAGCAAUGGAACGAUAGUCAGCCAUAAUGUUUUAAACAGUUCUGAUGCUAUCCUUGAAAAAAUUGUGGAGGAGGAUAAUACUUAUUUAAACGACCGCAGCUCCGGAAUAUCUCCAAUUGAUUUAGAAAAUGAUAAGAAACUGCUUUUAAGAAGAGAAUCUCUAAAUGACGCAAUCAGUAUAACACGUAUUUAAGAAACUUAAUUUUUUACUCCUUACAAAUAGUACAUGGACAAAAGAAAUAAAUUUUUUAAUAUCCAAAGGCUUUAUAAUACAAUAAUCAUAUAUCCUCUUUGUCACUUACGAUUGAAUACAUAUAAAAACACUGCAUAAUCAUUAUAACAUAAAACCCAAAUGCAUGUUUUAGUAAAAAACAAGAGAGAAUAGUAGAGUUCUCCGAUUAUCAGAUACCCGUUUCUCAGCUAGUGAAAAUGAGAAAGCGAAAUUUCAUAAAUUUUCUGGGAUUUCGAUAGAUAUUGGGGAAUAAAAUUAGAAAAUAUUUAAAAAUUGUUCCAAAGUGUGGGCGUGACCAGCUUGACCGCUUUAGGGCGUGGGUGGGCAAAAAGUUUUUUUCAAAUCGAUAGAAAUUUACAAGACUAAUAAAAAUGUUAAAGAAUACCAACACAUUUUUCUAAAGUGUGGGCGUGGCAGUUUGGGCGGAUUUGGGGUUGAUAGUUGGCGUGGCAACAUGGGUCAAUAAACUUGCCUUGCGUCUUUGUCUCUAGAAUCUGUAUGCUUAACGUUCUAGCAUUAAUAGAUCGUGAGAUCUCGACGUUCAUACGGACAAACGGAAAUGGCCAGAUGGAGUCGGCUAUUGAUCCUGAUCAAGAAUAUAGGUACAUUUUAUGGUCGGAAACGCUUCCUUCUGCCUCUUACAUCAUUUUCAAUGAGUUUUAUAUACCCUUAUUAGUUUCGCACCUACACCCAUGGUUUAUCGUUCAACUGUUCGCUCUGCAAUUAAGUCGCUCAUUAUCAUUCGCUUUUCGUUACCUAUACAUAUCGCAUCGGUGCGGAAUCUAUUUUGCUAAGCCCAAUAUCGUUUGAAAUCGCUAAAUAAACCUCGGCUUUUCAUUGCUUCAAAAAUAGCUAUAAGUAUAUAUAUACAGUACAAAUCAAACAUAGCAUUAAGCAUUAACUUUAAUUAGUUCGCUAUUGUUGCUCAGAGCGUUGUUCAACAACAAUUUGGAUCUGCAAUAUUCAGACAAAUUUAAGGCAGUGGAAUCUGAACUUCGCAAGAUUGCAUGUACAUAAAAGCUCAAGGCGGCUGCACUUUAUAUUCGUGUGAAACAUUUAGCGGACUCCCUAUUUAAAUCUCCGUUAAUUUCGUUUAAUAAAUUCGUUCUUCAUGUGAGGUUGGAGCUGAUCAAUGAGCUUCAACAAAUAUUCGGAUUCGGAUGAAAUCAAAAGUGAUUUGGCAGAUAAAUUUGAUGACAUUCUCGUAACGCUUAAAUCCUCUAUUUGGGGGGAGAUUUUAAAAAAGUGCUCGCAAAUGCACUCCCUCUCAACUAUUGUUGAUAUCAUUGCUCCGUUUGAUUGUGUCCAAAAGCAUCGUUCACUCAGGAAUAGGGCACCGUCGCUGCCCCUUCUUGAGCUUCAUAAAUUUCCUGGAGGCUAUGCUGACUCGGUCAACAUGGGUCCACCUACCAGCACGCUACCGCACUCCCUAAUGCUUCGGGACUGCCAAAGCGGUGGAUCGGCGCAUAUAUCGCAGGACAAAAGAAUAAACGAGCAAUGCAGCAACAGCCCUUGCAGAAGCAGCCUUCCUCGUAUCAACGAUCACAUUCCCAUCAGGACCCCGAGCACCCCGUGCUGCGGCACCUCGGCUGUGCAGCAAUAUCUUCGGGUUCUUAGAUCCCCUCUCUCACGAUCACUCUAUUAGUUUCGCACCUACACCCUUGGCUUAUCGUUCAGCUGUUCGCUAUGCAAUUAAGUCACUCAUUAUCAUUCGCUUUUCGUUACCUAUACAUAUCGCAUCGAUGCAGAAUCUCGUUCGGUAAACCCAAUAAAACAUAUCGUUCGAAGUUACUAAAAAAUCGCGUCCCUUUAUUUCUUAAAAAUUGCUAAUGAAACAACUUAUU